AAUGUAGUCAAACAAUAACGUAUCUUAAAAAGUAGUACUACUAUAGUUGCUGUUUUGUUGAAGAAGAAAACAAAGUAGAAGCAACGUUCUUUAAGAAUAGUCAAAGAGAGACCAUUUUUUGCAUCCCCAAUUGAGCUCUUGAAACAAUGAAGAAGAACACCUAUACGGUGGAGAAUUCCGGUGGCAGCGGCGACGGUGGCAUCAAGGCAUGGAGUUUCGGUAACCACCAGCUUUUGGUGAGAAGGGUGAUGCAAGUAACCAUGUCCAUUGCAGGGCUUGCUGUGUUGUGGAUGUUUCUCUCUAACUCUGCCUCUUCCAUUGAAUUUCAUACCUUCUCACAUUACUUCAGUGCUCAGUCAAUAAAGGCUGGUUAUGAAUCAAAGCUAGAGAGUGUUCUUAGAACCGCGUCUAUGAAGGAUAAUAAGACAGUGAUAAUCACAACUUUAAACGAUGCAUGGGCAAAGCCAGGUUCCAUAUUUGACCUCUUUCUUGAGAGUUUUCGCCUAGGGAAUGAGACACAAUGGCUUUUGAAUCACUUGGUGGUAAUAACUUGGGACCAAAAGACAAAUGCUUAUUGCCUUGCUAUGCACAAGCAUUGUUACCAAGUUGAAACUAAAGGUUCCAAUUUCACCGGUGAAGUAUUUUUCAUGUCCCCAACAUACCUACGCAUGAUGUGGAGAAGAACUGAAUUCCUUACUUCUGUCCUUGAGAUGGGAUAUAACUUUGUGUUCACGGAUACUGAUAUAAUGUGGCUUAGAGAUCCCUUCAAACAAUUUUACGAAGAUGCAGAUUUCCAAAUAGCUUGUGAUGCUUUCAAUGGCAAUUCCUCUGACAUAAACAACUAUCCAAAUGGAGGGUUUAAAUAUAUUAAAUCGAAUAACAGAACUAUUUGGCUUAACAAGUUCUGGUUCAACUCUAGCAAAGAGUACCCAGGGUUUGGUGAGCAGGCUGUGUUCAACAAGAUUAAAUUGAACCCUUUAAUUUCCCAAAUGAAGCUGAAGAUUAGGUUCCUUAGCACUAGCUAUUUUGGAGGGUUUUGUGAGCCUAGCAAGGACCUCAACAAGGUCUCAACAAUGCAUGCCAAUUGUUGUGUUGGCAUAGACAACAAAGUCAAUGAUCUUAAAAUUUUGCUUGAGGAUUGGAAGAAGUAUAUGGCAUUGCCUGAAAUUGAGAAGAAACAAUCAAAUCUUACUUGGAGCGUACCACAAAGUUGCAGUACGUCCUUUGAACGAGCCAACGAAGAAAGGAAGAAGAACAAAGGGAGGUUGCAACGGGCUUUGGUUGAAACUGUUUGAUGCAUUUAUAAAGAGCUGGUUUUGAAGGUGGGAGAAUGAUUGACUCAAAUUUCGGAUCAAAGCAAAAGAUUUUCGUUGCAAGCCAAUUCUUUUGCAAUGGAAUAUGUGGAAGUGGUACACACAUUGAAAAUGUAGGAAACUGAAAAAACGUUUGUUCAAGUUUUUUUAUGAGAUGUAAUAUAUAUAGUAUGUACAAUUAUUUAUAUAACAGUUUUUUUUAACAAAAUUUGUAUUAUAACAGUUUGGAUAACAUUGAUUUUUGUGUUUAUAUCUCUAUUAUUAUAAAAUGUAAUAAAUAAGGUG